CAGAUUGGGGGAGCAUUGAAGCCGAUUACUCUUGAAAUCUACAACGACUCCCACAAGCACGCACAUCACAAAGCCAUGCAGGGUGUUACAAGUAGAGAGCAACUAACAUCCUUCAGUCUCGUCAUCACAUCCACAGACUUCAAGGGCAAGCCUCAACUAGCACGCCACCGCAUGGUCAACUCUCUCAUGAAGGACGAGCUGGCAAAAGAAGGUGGCAUCCACGCACUUCAACUCACUACUCGGACGCCAGAAGAGGAGGAG